ACAUUUUGCAAUGCAUUUUAGUGCAUUUUGUGAAUCUAGUUCAGGAAGAUGGUGAAUAUUGUUUGGAGGAUCAUUGCUGUUGUCCAGCUAAUUGCACUAGUUGGGGUUUUGUGUGAAAAAUCCGGUGAUUGGUGUGAGAUUGAGGAGGAAUUUUGCAAUGGGAAGAGUCACAUUGCCUGCCAGAAGAAUAAAUUUCCACGUGGAGAGUGCUUUGAUGUGCAAAUUGUGAAGAUGGAUGAGCUUUUAGUGCAGGCAAUCCUAGAUAGGCACAACUACUACAGGAAUGAAAUUGCCUGCGGACGCAUUGGGGGCUAUCCGACAGCUUCGAAGAUGCCGGUGAUGGAGUGGGAUGAGGAAUUGGAAUUCCUUGCAACGCAACAUGUGCAGCAUUGCAAUUUUCAGCAUGAUGGCUGCCGCGCGUCCUACCAAUACCCGCAUGCUGGUCAAAAUCUUGGCUUUCACGCCACAACAGGACAUCUGGAGAAUUUGGCCAAUGUGACGCAAUUCAUGAUUGAUGAAUGGUUCCAGGAAUACACCCUCGUUGACCCGAGUGUUGUGGGGAAAUUCGAAAAGAGUGACCUCAAAGCUGGUCACUUCACCGUGGUCGUCAAUGAGGCGAAUAAACGCGUGGGCUGUGGCAUGAUCACGUAUACGUACAAAGAGGAUAACCGUGUGUGGAAUGCAGUCAUGUUCACGUGCGAUUAUGCUAAAACAAACAUCCUCAAUUGGCCAAUUUACACCGUGGGAGCCCCAACAACAGCCUGCAAGGAAAUCGAGAUGGUGCCCAACAAGCACUACGCGGGUCUCUGUUGUGCACCAUAAGACAACAUUGUGCGCAUCGGCCAUAAACACAAAUCUUCUAAUUGUUAUACUAAAUGAUGGGGCGAGGAGGGAAAUAAAAUGCAUUUGCAUGUAAAAAGUGCACGCUCAUGCCGCGCACGUCUGCUUUGUCCAUCAACGCGGGUACACAGAGGGCUGACAAUUUGUGUUGUAAUAUGUUUCAAUGUUUUAGUUAGCUCAUUCCUUAAAGUUUUCUUUGGUUUUUAUUAAAAAUUCUGUAGAGAAUUCAGGAAGAAUUUUGAAUCUUUUUUUGUAAGAAAAUCGUAAAGUUUCAAGAAAUUAAUAAAACGGAUUUGAAUAAAUAUUCAAUUUCUUAAUUUUCUAUGAAUUUUCAACAUAACUCUUACGUAUUUUCUUCAGAAGUUUAACAGUUUUUUUUUGUACGGAAAAUCGCUCAUUAAUUGCCUUUUCAAGUCUUGUAUAAAAUUAAUAAAAAUGAUAAAUCAAGAAAAGUGAUAAAAAAUGUGCACAAAAAUGGAGAUAAUGACGUGAUCAUUGUAAUUGUAAUUGUUGUAAUUUUUACUUUGCUUAAAUUCACAAAAAAAUAAAAUUACUUUUUUUUAAAAAAACAAAUUAAUAGCGUGAAUGUUUUACAUUAAAACUAAACAGAAAACAAAAAUUGUGACGUCAUUGUUUAGAUUUUUAAAUGAAUAUUCCCAAAUAUUCGAUUUUCUUUGAAAAUUUGGUGUAACUUGGAAAAUAUUCGUAUGGAAAUCCAGCGAAUACUUAUGUCCAGGAAUAUUCGCAAUAUAUUGUCAAAGAAAUAAAUCAAUAGAGAAACAAAUAAAAGAGAGACACUGAAA